AUGGUCGACACCAGGCGGAGCGCCGCCGCGGCCAAGCGCCCGGCGGCGGACGACGAGCAGGAGGGCAAGGCCUCCUCGCCGCCGCCCUCGCAGGACCAGCAGGCGGCGCCGGGGGCCCAGCCGGCCGAGGCGGAGGCGCAGACGCAGUCGUCGGGCGGCCGCGGCAAGCGCGCCAAGGUCGCAGCGGUGGAGGAGGAGGAGGAGCACGACGGCGCCACCAAGGCGGCGGCGGCGGGGGUGACCGCCCCAGCCGCGGACGGGGGCGAGGCCGAGGCGGCUGCCUCUGAGGAGGCCGUCGCCGGGGGCUCGCCCGUCGCGCCGCCCGACACCGCCGGCCUGCACGCGCUCACAGGCGCCAUGGACAGGCUCGAGGCCUUCCUCAGGACCGGGGAGGCCGUCACAAAUUCCGACGGGGCAGGGCACAAGCGUGCCGCCGCCGAUACCGACUUGCCGGCGGGGCUGAAGAGGGUCAAGGAUAAACGACAGGGCGCGGUCGCCGGUAGGCGCCAGGAGCCCUGGUGCAGGCUUAUCUCCCAGUACGCCUCGGAACCUUCCCUUCCUAUUCAUUCCUCCUAUUUUACUGUCGGCUACGGAUCACACUACGAUUUGAGACUGGGCGAGCUAUCCGCUACGACUACUAGCCCACUUGUUUGUAGGCUGAAGCAUGCUACCAAGCGAGGUGCUCUGCUUGAAAUCCAUGAGCCCAGAGUUGUUCGCGUAAACGGCAAGGUUUUGGACAAAAAUGCUAAAGUUACCUUGAAUGGAGGGGAUGAAAUCGUCUUCAGUUCACCUGCGAGCAGGCGCGCUUACAUAUUUCAGCAACAUCCGCAGGAUAAAUCAGCGCCUUCAGCGUUUUCAUCUGCUUGCGGUAGUAUUAAUCAGGGGCAACAUUCACUUAUCAAAGACAUUCAGGAUCAUUUGUCGAAAGGACCCAAAUUACCAUCCUUUUACUUUGGUAAAAGCCGACCUCCUCUGGCUCCCUUGAUGCCUAUUGGAUCAUCAGCAGAUCCUGAUCUAUUUAGUAGUUUCUAUAAAACAAUGGAUGAUCGGUCUAACUCUGAAGAAGAUACUCUGUCUGCCCGGUCUCUACUAUCAAAGGAGGAUCUAAAGAACGCAACAUGUGAUGCUAAUGACAUAUCUGAGUCAUUUGAUAGUUGUCCAUACUAUCUAAGUGAGGAUACCAAAUGUGCUCUCCUGUCUACAGCAUAUUUGCAUUUACAACGCAAAGACUAUAUCAAGUUCACCAAACAUAUAUCUUCUCUUAGUCAGCGAGCAUUGCUCUCUGGUCCGGCAGGAACUGAAAUCUGCCAACAAUAUCUGGUGAAGGCACUUGCAAAACAUUUUGGUGCUAGGUUGCUCACUGUAGAUUCUUCAAUGCUAUUGGGUGGGCGAACUUCCAAAGAAUCAGAGUCAUACAAAAAAGGUGAUAGAGUGAGGUACAUCGGUUCAUUACUGCCAGCAAGCAUUAUCCUUGACGGAAAUUGCCCUCCAGAAUUUGGCUCACUAGGUGAAAUAUGCCUACCUUUUGAAGAAAAUAGAUCAUCAAAGGUUGGGGUAAGGUUUGAUGAACAAAUUCCAGGUGGUAUUGAUCUUGGAGGCAAUUGCGAAGUUGAUCAUGGCUUAUUUUGUUCAGUUGAUUCCUUAUGCCUCGACACUCCAGGGUGGGAAAAUAGAUCCAAGCACCCAUUUGAUGUGAUUAAUCAGUUUCUCUCUGAAGAAAUACAACAUGGUCCUAUAAUCCUGUUUCUGAAGGACACAGAAAAAAUAUGUGGGAAUAAUGAUUCCUAUUAUGGUCUGAAGAGCAAGCUCGAUCAUUUUCCAGAAGGUGUUUUUAUUGUUGGUUCUCAUAUCCAGCCUGACAGUCGCAAAGAAAAGGCCAAUGCUGGAUCUCUCUUCCUUUCGAAAUUCCCAUACAGCCAAGCAAUACUUGACCUUGCACUGCAGGACUUGGAUCGGGGAAAUGAUAAAAACAAAGAAAUGUCAAAGGCGAUGAGACAUCUGGCGAAGAUUUUCCCCAAUAAAGUGACGAUCCAGCCACCACAAGAUGAAGUUGAGCUUUCACGGUGGAACCAGAUGUUAGAUCAGGAUGUUGAAAUUCUUAAAGCAAAUGAGAACACUUCAAAAAUACGCUCUUUUCUAACGCGACUUUGCUUGGAAUGCACUGAUGUUGAGACAGUAUGUGUCAAAGAUCGUAUCCUUACAAACGAUUGUAUUGAUACAAUAGUUGGUUUUGCUUUGAGCCAUCAACUAAAGCACUUCACACCUACAAACCCAGACCCAUCAAUUGAUUUGCAUUUUCCUCUAUCUAGUGAAAGCCUUAAGCAUGGAGUUGAUAUGUUGGAAAGUAUCCAAUCUGGCCCUAAGAGCAGCAACAGAAGGAAGUCACUUAAGGAUAUUUCUACGGAAAACGAAUUUGAAAAGAGGCUCCUCGCCGAUGUCAUCCCUCCAGACGAAAUAGGAGUUACAUUUGAGGACAUCGGAGCAUUGGAAAGUGUCAAGGAGACUCUGAAGGAGUUAGUGAUGCUACCCUUGCAAAGGCCUGAAUUGUUUACAAGAGGACAACUUAUGAAGCCAUGUAAAGGAAUAUUACUGUUUGGCCCGCCUGGUACUGGAAAGACAAUGCUUGCAAAGGCUGUGGCAACAGAAGCUGGUGCGAACUUCAUAAACAUAUCAAUGUCAAGCAUCUCCUCAAAGUGGUUUGGCGAAGGAGAGAAGUACGUGAAAGCUGUGUUUUCACUGGCAAGCAAAAUAUCUCCAAGCGUCAUUUUCGUUGAUGAGGUUGAUGGCAUGUUGGGUAGACGUGAGAACCCUGGAGAACAUGAAGCCAUGCGAAAGAUGAAAAAUGAGUUCAUGGUGAACUGGGAUGGUCUAAGAACAAAAGAUAAAGAACGUGUAUUAGUUCUUGCUGCGACUAAUAGGCCAUUUGACCUUGAUGAAGCUGUUAUUCGGAGGCUUCCAAGGAGGUUGAUGGUCAAUUUGCCCGAUGCAUCAAAUAGAAAGAAAAUUCUGAGCGUCAUACUGGCCAAAGAAGAUUUGGCGGAUGAUCUAGAACUGGAAGCCAUUGCUAACUUGACAGAUGGGUACUCAGGCAGUGAUCUCAAGAAUCUUUGUGUGACUGCUGCUCAUCUUCCUAUUAGAGAGAUCCUUGAAAAGGAGAAGAAGGAGAAAGCUUUGGCAGAAGUAGAAAAGAGACCAUUGCCCCAAUCGUGUUCGAGCAAUGAUGUCCGUGCCUUGAGAAUAAGCGAUUUCAAACAUGCGCAUGAACAGGUUUGUGCAAGUGUAUCUUCUGACUCCACAAAUAUGAAUGAGCUUAUUCAGUGGAACGAUCUUUAUGGAGAUGGUGGGUCGAGGAAAAAGACAACGUUAAGUUACUUCAUGUAGCUAAUGUUGAGAACAUGUACAUAGAUCAUAAACCUUAGCACAAAGCAAUGGUGAUUGGAGGGAAUAGGGGUGCAGAUUUGCUGCAGUAAAAGAAACUGUAGGCAUGUGUUAGUCAAUCAGAUCAACAAUGGACGGUCAGACUGAGAGCAACAGGGAGAUGGAAAACUGAUUUGAUGCCUUGAUGUUGGCCGUGCGUUUCUGCCUUAGGUAAGACAGCUGACAUGGCCUGCAGUUGCCCUGCUCCAGUAGUGAUUGCAGCACAUCACCAUCCGGAGAAAAUAGAUUGCAUUUGAAGCCCCAAUCAUGCUUGGUCAGGCGGUAAAUUAUGGCGGCUGAUAGCGGACUGAUUUGGUCCACCCAUCUUUUUUCGUCAGUUAUUAUUGAGAAUGAUUGUCUAGGUUGCAAGUUGUAGAGCCUGUGCAAGUGUACAGUAUGAGCAUCAGGUCAAUUAACUUAUUAUUGUGGUCAGGUCAGGAAAAAAUAUUUUAUUAACAAGAAUAAUGUAGUACAUUUACAUAAUUAUUUUGGUGUCGUUACUGUGUCUCUC